AUGGGUAUCUUCGACUACGACUUCCUCUACUCCCAACUCUUCAUCAGACCCGCCUACCCGACAACAUCAUUCACCAACCAAACAAUCAUAAUCACCGGCUCCAACGUCGGCCUCGGCCUAGAAGCAGCCAGACACUUCACGCGCCUCGGUGCAGCGAAAGUCAUCCUCGCCGUCCGCAACCGCUCCGCCGGCGAAGAAGCCCGGCAAUCCAUCGAGAGAUCCACCGGGACCACCGGCAUCUGCGAAGUAUGGGAUCUAGACCUGGCAUCCCACGAAUCGGUGCUCGCAUUCGCAAAGAAAGUAGCCGAGCUCCCACGUCUGGAUGUAUUCAUCGCCAAUGCCUCGAUAGCAACCGGUACCUUUCAACUGGCAGAGGGCCAUGAGCGGACUAUAACAGUGAAUGUGAUUAAUACCAUUCUAUUGGAAUUGUUGGUGUUGCCGACGUUGCGGAAGAGUGCCAGGUUACAUCCUGGUACGAAGCCUCGGUUGACGACGGUUGUUAGUGAGGUGCAUGCCUGGGCUAAGUUUGCGGAGCGGAGCGCCGAGAAUGUGUUUAAGGCUUUGGAUGAUAAAGAGCAGGCGAACAUGCCGGAGAGGUAUGAGUUGUCGAAGCUGUUGCAGGUACUCUUGUUGCGCGAGAUGGUGGCGCAGGGAGCUGGGGACUCGGUGAUUAUAAAUAUGGUGAAUCCGGGGUUUUGUCAUUCGCGACUAGGUCGGGAGAUGGGACUAGCGUUUGCGCUCUUGCAGAUGGUGCUUGCUAGGUCGACGGAGGUGGGGAGUAGGACGCUUGUGGCUGGGGCUGCGAGUGGCGAGGAGAGUCAUGGAGCGUAUAUGACGAAUGGGAAGGUGGAUAAUGGUGCCUUGUCUACGUUUGUUCGUAGUGAGGAGGGGAAGAAGACACAGAUGAAGCUGUGGGCGGAGCUCGUGGAGAUCUUGGAAGCUCUUGAGCCGGGUUGUACGCGGGUUGUGUAA